AUGCAAGGAUGCUGGCAAUUUGCUCGCUGGCUGCGCAGGGUGUCAUGCAGUCAGACUGCGAGCCUUUCCUCUCGCGGCGGCUUUGGCCUGCCUAGAAGCACGCGAUUUUUCUCGACUUCCGCGGCGUGGAACGCUAGAGCAAAACCCUCUUCCAGCUCCCCAGAUACCGAUCUUGAAAAGCGGAUCGCUGCGAUCCCCCUCGAACGGUACCGCAACUUCUGUAUUGUUGCCCACGUGGAUCAUGGAAAAAGUACACUUUCCGACCGAUUGCUGGAACUUACGGGCACCAUCAAACCCGGCAUGAAUAAACAGGUGCUUGACAAGCUGGAUGUGGAGCGUGAGCGUGGAAUCACGGUUAAGGCACAGACGUGCACUAUGAUAUACAACCACCAAGGCGAGGACUACUUAUUGCAUCUGGUUGAUACCCCGGGCCAUGUGGAUUUCCGCGCGGAGGUGUCGCGCAGUUAUGCCAGCUGCGGCGGUGCCUUGCUUCUCGUCGAUGCUAGUCAAGGUGUCCAGGCUCAGACGGUUGCCAAUUUCUACCUGGCUUUUGCGCAGGGACUCGAGUUGAUUCCGGUCAUCAACAAGGUGGACUUGCCGUCAGCUGACCCGGAGCGGGCUCUGGAGCAGAUGAAGAACUCAUUUGAGCUGGAUACCGAGAAUGCUGUGCAGGUAUCUGCAAAGACGGGUCUCAAUGUCGAAGCAGUUUUGCCCAAGGUGAUUGAGAAAGUGCCAGCUCCGGUCGGUGAUAGCAAAAAGCCCCUUCGAAUGCUCCUCGUGGACUCCUGGUACGACUCAUACAGAGGUGUCAUUUUGCUGGUACGAAUUUUCGACGUUGAAGUUCGUCCGGGUCAGCAAUUGGUCUCUCUCGUCACGGGUCUGAAAUACUAUGUCGGUGAAGUUGGUAUCAUGUACCCUCUCGAGACACCUCAGACUGUGCUUCGAGCGGGUCAAGUGGGCUAUAUCUACUUCAAUCCUGGUAUGAAGCGUAGUCAGGAGGCUAAGAUUGGCGACACAUAUACUCGGGUUGGGGGUGAGAAGCAGGUCGAGCUGUUGCCCGGCUUUGAGGAGCCCAAAUCGAUGGUCUUCGUGGCGGUCUAUCCCAUGAAUGCGGACCACUUUGAACAUCUGGAAGACAGCAUCAACCAGCUGAUUCUCAAUGAUCGCAGUAUCACCAUGCAAAAGGAGUCAUCGGAGGCGCUGGGUGCGGGCUUUCGCAUGGGCUUCUUGGGCACUCUUCAUUGUUCUGUUUUCGAGGAUCGUCUCCGCCAGGAACACGGCGCCAGCAUCAUUAUCACUCCCCCCUCGGUCCCCGUCAAAGUGGUGUGGAAGGAUGGCACCGAAGAUAUUAUCACCAACCCUGCUAAAUUCCCCGACGACGAUAGCGUUCGUUUGAAGGUUGCCGAAGUACAGGAGCCAUACGUUCUGGCCACCAUCACGUUCCCGGACGAGUAUCUCGGCAAAGUGAUCGAACUCUGCGAAGCCAACCGGGGCGAGCAACAGAGCAUUGAGUACUUCACUUCUAGCCAAGUGAUUCUCAAAUAUGAACUGCCAUUGGCUCACCUGGUGGAUGACUUUUUCGGUAAACUGAAAGGCAACACGAAGGGCUAUGCUAGUCUGGACUAUGAGGAGUCCGCCUGGCGUGCGGGCAAUAUUGCCAAGCUGCAGCUUUUGGUCAACAAAGUCCCCGUUGACGCCGUUGCUCGAAUUAUGCAUAUGAGUCAGGUGCAAUACCAGGGUCGACAGUGGGUCACCAAGUUCAAGCAGCACGUGGACCGACAACUCUUUGAGAUUGUGAUUCAAGCCGCUGUAGGCAAGAAGAUCGUGGCCCGUGAGACCAUCAAGCCUUAUCGCAAGGACGUGUUGGCCAAAUUACAUGCCAGUGAUGUGAGUCGUCGACGCAAACUUUUGGAGAAGCAAAAGGAGGGCCGCAAGAGGCUUCGUGCGGUUGGAAAUGUUGUGAUCGAGCACAAGGCUUUCCAGGCUUUCUUGGCCAAGUGA